AUGGCAUCAGGAUCUAACACCGCCCUUGUUGUCCGCGUUGUCGACGGACAAGCCCCCAGACUCUCUAAAGACGACAUCGCAGUCCCCCGCCCAGCAGCAAACCAGGUCCUUGUGGAACUGUCCCAUAUAGCCCAGAACCCAACUGAUGUUCAAUCGUUUGAUAGCAACGCCUUCGGAGAUGGCACCGUGCUCGGAUGCGACUUUGUAGGCGAAGUUGUCGAGUUGGGCAGCGGCGUUACCAGACUUGCCAAAUGUGAUAUCGUGUCUGGCCUGAUUUGGGGUGGAGAAAUCAAGUACGUCGGCGCAUAUAGCCAGUACUGCGUGGCCGACGAACGGAUCUCAUUCAAAGUUCCCCAGGGCAUUUCAAGAGAACGGGCCAGCACUGUUCCCCUAGCCGCUGCUACAGCCUGGCUUGCUUUACUGUCGAAAGAGUGUCUAGCGCUUGAUCGCUCCAAAGCCGAGAGUACCAGCGUCUUGGUCUGGGGCGGAAGCUCCAGCGUUGGACUAUAUACAGUUCAGCUUGCCUCGCUUCUUGGCUUUGAGGUGGUAGCAACAUGCAGCUCUAAGCACUCUGAUCUUGUCCGCUCUGUUGGCGCCCAGCAUGUAUUCGACUACAAGGAUAAUGAUGUUGUCGCCAAAAUCCAAAAGGCCGUCCCAAACCUGGCUCACACUUUCGACACUAUCGGCAAUGCUACUUCAUCCGCUACUGCCUCUCAUGCACUCCGCAACGGGACUGGCAGACUGUGUACUGUGAGACCCGGAAAGGCGCACACCGAGAACGUCGCCGCAGGAACUGUUGUCACAGAUGUCUUGGUGUGGACAGCAUUCCUUAAAGACCACAGCUAUGGGGAUUUCAGGUGGCCCGCAUCACAACAUGACCACGAACUAUCCAGUGAACUCUUCGAAAAGCUACCCGGAUGGCUGCAAACCGGCACAAUCAAACCGAACACUCCCAAAGUUUUUCAUGGGUUAGACGCGGUGACAGACGGAUUCCAGGAAUAUAGAGACGGAAAGAUCUCUGCCUACAAGAUUGUCUACGAAAUAUAG